AUGGCUCGCGUACAACCUGAUGCACAAUUUAAAAUUUUACUUAUUGGUGAUUCGGGUGUUGGAAAAACAUGUUUGAUGUUUCGAUUUGCUGAUAAUAUGUUUGCUGAAACAUUCACACCUACGAUUGGCAUUGAUUUUAAAAUAAAAACUGUUCGUGUUAGAGAUAAAACCAUCAAAUUACAACUAUGGGAUACGGCUGGUCAAGAAAAAUUCUAUAAUAUCACUCGUUCGUAUUAUCGAAAUGCCGAUGCUAUUCUACUAGUUUAUGAUCGCACAGAAGCAGUAACAUUUCAAAAUAUAGCAAGAUGGAUGAGAAAUAUUGAUGAAAAUGUAUCUUAUCCAGACGAUGUUAUACGCAUUCUUGUUGGUAAUAAAUCUGAUUUACAAAAUCGUCUAUUAAUAACAUCAAAUGAAGGAAAAGCAUUAGCCGAUAAAUAUCAUGUAGAUUUUUUUGAAACUAGUGCAAAAAGUGAAUCGAGUCCAAAUGUAAAUAAAAUGUUUUAUUAUUUAACAGAAAAAUUACUCGAUCGACGAACUAAUGAAUCAUCAAAUUUAAAUGAACAAUCAGAUUUAACUGAACGAACAUCGUCAAUAAAUAUUGGCACAUUAGCGUAUAGACAACUAGUAGGUAAUACAUGUUGUUCAACAAGGACGAAUGAUAAUUAA